GCGACUACGAGCUGCAAGCUGUCUUCAGCUGGGUCCGCGAUUUGGCACCGUUGGUCGUCCAUGUUCACCUUGACAGGAUGGGCCAGUUUCUGGAAUCAGAUGAGUUCUACCGCAACCAGUUUGAGACCAAGACGUCGUGCGGGGCAUUGGAUCCUGAAAACUCGACGAGGACAGGCUGGGAACAAGCAUUGUUUGGCGACUCUUACAACGACGCAAAGCCCUUCGAUCGGUGCAAGUAUGGAGCCCUGAACGUGACGAACGACUUCAGAGGGGUGACGUCAGCAUCGCAGUACGGCGAUUCUUACCUCGUGCUGAAAGACUCCAGGCUCCGGGCAACCUUCUGUGCGACGGAUUCAGGCGGCAUAGCCGGAUCGAGACUCGGCGUUUGCGACCGCUAUGGCCACGUUCUCAAGGAGUACAGCGAUGACGAGCUCAAUGAGAUCACCCGCGUGGCCGUUGCAGCGCUCCCGAGCAUCGACGGCAAGGCUCCAGGACACGUCCCCAAGAGCGCAUGGCCAAGUGUUUUGAGGGGUGAGUCGGAGGACUGCGUGAAAGAGUGGAUCACGGUUGGUUAUCCAACGCUGGCACAACGCGGUUCCGGACGAUAUGUGUUCGAGGUGGAGCUCUACGGCACCACCUAUGCGCCCCAGGUUGGACUUCUUUCGGAGAACUUCAAUGCGACCCCGGGUGUGCGGAGCACUGCAGGUGUUGGCGACGACGAGUUCGGGUGGGCACUCGAUGCAGAGCACUACGAGCUGUGGCACAAAGGACAGGCUCGCUGCUGGUCCGGAGCACCCUUGGCCGGCGACUACGGCGGACGGCAGGUCGUUGGUGUAGCCGUCGACCUCGAGGAGAGGAAGAUGUGGCGCCUCUGCUCUCAAAGUUAA